GCUAGUCCUCGACCUCACUCUUUUCGGUUCGGGCCGAGACUCGAGCGAGGCGCCAGGAGCGAGCGGAGGCUUCUUUCGACGCUCUACACAUCCGGACAACCCCGCCGCCAUUAUGGUGAAGCUCGCCAAGAACGUUAAAAGCCAGCCUAAACAGAAGAAAAUGGCUCCUCCUCCAAAGGAUGUGGACGACAGUGAAGAGGAAGAAUCUUCAGAAGAGGAGGAGAGUAGUGAGGAAGAGAUGGUCCCCCAGAAGAAAGCAGUUACCCCAGCAAAAGCAGCAGCCGUAGCCACUCCCAACAAAAAAGCAGCAACUCCUGGUAAGAAGAUAGUGGCUACCCCAGCAAAGAAAGCUGUGGCUACCCCAGCAAAGAAAGCCGCUACUCCACUGAAGAAGACACCGGUUCCUGCUAAAGGAGCAAAAAAUGGGAAGAACGCCAAGAAAGAAGAGAGUGAAGAGGAGGAAGAUGAGGAGGAUAGCGAGGAGGAUGAAGAUGAAUCUGAGGAGGAACCUGCAGUACCAGUAAGGAAAGCCGUGCAGGCAGCAGGAAAAAAGCCUGUAGCCGCUGUAGCUGCCAUAUCAGCCAAACAAGAGUCUGAGGAUGAUGAAGACGACGAAGAUGAGGAGGAGGAAGACGAAUCUGAAGAUGAGCCCAUGGAGAUCACCCCAGCAAAAGGGAAAAAAGCUGUGCUGGCAAAAACGGCACCAGUAAAAGUCACACCUGCUAAAGCCGCCAAAGAAGAUUCUGAGGAUGAGGAAGAUGAUGACGAGGAGGAGGAUGACGAAGAGGACGAUGAAGAGGAGGAAGAGAACGUGCAAGAAAUGUCUGGAAAAAGAAAGAAGGAAAUGGCCAAGCAGAAAGGCGCCCCAGAUGCCAAGAAAAAGAAAACGGAAGAAGCUGCCUUCUCCAUCUUCAUGGGCAACCUGAAUGGAAACAAAGACUUUGAGGAACUGAAAGUUGCCGUCAAGGAUUUCUUUGCCAAAAAGGAUCUUGAAGUGCAAGAAGUCAGAAUUGGAAACUCAAAGAGGUUUGGCUAUGUGGAUUUCUCAUCGGAAGCUGAUGUGGAUAAAGCACUUAAGCUAAAUGGAAAGAAAUUAUUGGGCUUGGAAAUAAAACUGGAAAAAGCAAAGACCAGGGAGUGCAUCCAAGAGAACAAGAAAGAGAGAGAUGCAAGGACUAUCUUUGUGAAGAACCUUUCUUACAGUAUAACCCAAGAAGACCUGCAAGAAGUCUUUGACAAUGCCCUGGAAGUCAGGCUGGUGUCCAAGGAUGGAAAUAGCAAAGGGAUUGCCUACAUUGAGUUUAAAUCCGAGGCAGACGCAGAGAAAGCGAUGGAGGAAAAGCAAGGGAUGGAGAUUGAGGGCCGUGCCAUCAUGCUUGACUACACUGGUGAGAAGAGCCAGCAGGAUGGCAGAAAAUUCAGUAAAGGAGGACAGCCAGGUGGAGAGUCAAAGACCCUUGUUGUGAACAACCUCUCAUAUGAUGCGACAGAAGAAUCUCUCCAGGAAGUCUUUGAGAAAGCGGCAGCAAUCAGGAUCCCACAGAACAACCAGGGGAGGCCAAAAGGGUAUGCAUUUAUAGACUUCCCCACAACUGAGGAUGCAAAAGAAGCAAUGAAUUCCUUCAACAACACAGAAAUUGAAGGCCGGACAAUCAGGCUGGAAUUCAGCACACCAGGGGGACAAAACAGGAAUUUCAAUGCUAGAGGAGGAUUUGGACAGCAAAGCAAAACACUGUUUGUCAAAGGCUUGUCUGAGGAUACGACAGAAGAAACCUUGAAAGAGUCGUUUGAAGGCUCCGUUACUGCAAGAAUAGUCACUGACAGAGAUACUGGCUCAUCCAAAGGAUUUGGCUUUGUGGACUUCAGCUCCCCAGAAGAAGCCAAAGCAGCAAAGGAAGCCAUGGAGGAUGGAGAGAUCGAUGGAAACAAAGUGACCCUCGACUUUGCCAAGCCCAAGGGCGAUGGGCCACGUGGCGGCGGCGGCUUCGGUCGUGGCGGCAGAGGAGGCCGGGGUGGCAGAGGAGGCUUCGGCGGACGGGGUGGCGGCAGAGGAUUUGGAGGCAGAGGCGGCGGCUUCAGGGGAGGCAGAGGAGGUGGCGGCGACCACAAACCACAAGGGAAAAAGAUAAAAUUUGAUGACUGAGUGGCUUGUCCCUAUAUCUGAAAGGACUCUGGGGUUUUUAAUUCUGUCACUACCAAUUUGACGGAGCCUUCUGAGGACAUUCCAAGAUGCGUUGCAGUCCCUCUUAAGAGCUACUUGGAAAAAUUCCUUUCAAUGAAGAAACAGCCAUCUGACUGCCUGGCCACGCAUAUGAACUUUUAAAAAGCAACAAGAAAUGUGGGAGUUGACCUGUGUCAGUGCAUUUGUCCUGAAUUUAUAACGUUUUACCCCAUGUACAAAAUUAACUUCCUUAUACAUUUCUGUAGGGUUUUUCCUUUUUUUGUUUUUUGUUUAUUUGCUGUAAAAAUGCAAAAAUGUUUUAUCAUUUGUGUCUUGGCACACUGUCUUGGACAGAUUAAAGGGCCUAAACAGA